AUGAAGAUAGGAGGCUUUCUAGGGAUGCGAUCUCAGGAAAGAAGUCCAACCUCCAGGCGCCACUUUAAGAAAAAUGACUUGGCUGAGCACCACCAGCUAAGAGGGGAAUUAUGAAAGGUGGGGGGUAGGGCUGUGUGAGAGCAGGGAGUCGCAGGAGCACGUGAGAGGGGCAAGGAGGAGGCGGGGCUUAGGACUUUGGCAGCCGAGGGAGGCGGGUUCCACGCCGGGUCUAAUCGGUGUCUGAACCGGCCUCUGCCUGCGCGUGCGCAGUGCGAACCUUCCGCUACUCUGCUUUCUUCUCCAACAUGGAAUUCCGCUCCGCGCGGCUCGCAGUACUGCAACUACUCCGUACGGUGGCUCCGGCGGACCUCCCAGCGCUUCUGCAGUGGAUGCGAACUACCCGAGAUUUUGAUGAAUUCACUCAAGACAAUAAUGAUGUUAUAUUGAAAAACAUAGCAGAAGACCUUCGGAAUUGCUUACCUCGAGAAACCAUGCUUUCCUCAGAACAUCUAGCUCUCCAAAAAAUACAGCAGCAGCCAGAACCCACAGUUCACGUUGAUGCAUUCCUUUAUGAUGAAGACUUUAUUGAUUCAUUAUGUGAGGAAGGAAAAAUGAGCAGAAACUACUGUAUGGUGUGCGGCUCACAUCGGACAGCACCUCUAGGGUUUAUUUCUCAUUCCUUCUCUCUCAUGGAACUGAAAUUCAUUUAUCACCACGUACUCCCUGAUCUGUCGGGAAAGGUCUUGGUUGACGUUGGCUCCAGGCUUGGCACCGUCCUUUAUGGGGUAAAGUCCAGCUUGGGGACACAGUCAACAUUGGGAAAUACUUUCUUCUCCUACUGGCAACAGUUUUGCCUGCCACCAUCUAAGGGUUAUCUUUACAGUUCAGCAUCACAACUGUAUGGAGUAGAACUGAAUGGAGACUUUUGCCAAUUGCAGGAAAUGAUCAUAAAAAAGUAUCAGUUCACUGACAGAAUAAAGGUGCUUCAUGCAGACAUUUGUACACAAGGUUUACUUCUGCAGAAUGCUGAUGUUAUUAUAAUGAAUAAUGUCUUCGAAUAUUUUCUUAAUGAGACAGAACAGGCCAGAGCCUGGGAAUAUAUCUGCCAUAAUGUAAGGAAACAAGGGUCGUUAUUGGUGACAGUACCAGGCCUGGAAGAUUCUCUCUCGGGUCUUCAGGUUAAUAUACAGUUAUCUCCUUGGGUUGAAGAGAUACCGCUGAACUAUGAUGUAUUCCCAGAAAAGGAUAUUGACAGAGAAGCUCUUGAACAAAUACAUUUAUACAAGAUUCUCUGAAACUAAAAUAGUCCUGCCUUGGUGUAAAAUAAUUACAAAAUAAUUUAAAAGAAAAAGAAUUUCAGUAUCCUAACACAUAUUAUUUCCUGUGUAUUCCUUUCUAGUGUUUGUACAUAUGCUUGCAUGUUUGUAAAUAGUUGUAUGUAUAUAUAUAUAUACAACUUUGUGUGAUACUUUUAUUAAAAUAUUU